CUGGCAUUUUGCAAGUUGAAAAUCAAAACUCUCUUAAAAAACACGCAUUUUAACCGAUUUAUAGCUCGAUAAUUUUGUACAAACUUUGCAGAAAGUCGCAUAAGAUGGCGAAGAGUAUAGUGAUAGCUUACAUUCUGUGGUUCUUCCUCGGAAUUUUCGGUGUGCACCAUUUUUAUUUGAGGCGAGAUUGGCAUGCUUUCAUCUGGUGGUCAACUUUCGGUGGAUGUUUUGGACUGGGUUGGUUGAGAGACUUGGUAAAGAUUCCUCAGUAUGUCACCGACACAAAUGAAGGUAGAGACUACAUGUUACAGCUGAGGCAAAUCCAGGAGAUUGAGCAGAGGCCAUCGACUAACUCGGUUAGAAUUCUAGGGGAGCUUUUUACGGGGACGUUGUACGGGUACCUUGUUCGAUUGGCAGUUCCGGAAGAGUAUGUGAGUGGACCCCUAGCAGAAGAGCGCGGCUGGUUCUCAAUAUGGACAUUGAUACUUUUAGCAACGCCAGCUGGUGUAGCACUAGGAGUUUACAUCGUUGCCAAUCUCGGUCGCGAGAGAUGUGCCCUGUCAUCACCUCUGAUCAGUUCCUACUGUUUCCUACCUUUCUUCUGGAACGACAUGUCAAGUUACAUCACAACGAUGGCCAUUGUGUCGACCAUCUCGGUAAACUGGUCAGGAAAAAAAUGGAAAGAGGGACCAUAUGAGAGACAUUCUUUUUGCAAAAGAGUCACUGUGCUGGGAUUCUGUGGGUUGAUAUAUAUGUCAUGUUGGGGGUCGAUGUUGUACAAUAACGUACAGUUGACGUCGGAAGAUGGAGAAAAAGUCAAACUACGUGACGCGAUACAUAACUUUUUCAAGUCACCUGCUUGGGCAGAGACUAAACAGACCUUUUCACAGAUUUAUGAAUAUUAUAAGAUUCACGGCUUCCAGAAUAUGUGGGAUGAGUUUAUGAAAGCGUUGGAUCCAGAAGGAGAGGCGAAUGCGUAUAAGGUUCUCGGUGUAAAGAAAACAGCUAGUCAAACGGAGAUCACAGCAGCGUAUCGAAAACUGGCCAGAAAAUGGCAUCCCGAUAAAGAGAAAGAUGUAGAGAAGAAAGAGGCGGCAUCGAUAAAAUUCAUGGAAAUACAACGAUCUUAUGAAGUGUUAUCGAAGAUCAAGACACGUCGUGGACGCAAAGCUAAGCAGUCAAAGGGCAGUGGUACCCAUGAAGAGUUUUAGACUGUGAUCAUCUGUGGAAUUAAAAAAUAAUGCCACACUGAAUAUUUCAGAUGGCCAACGGUUGUCAGAAAAACACUGUUAAAAAUUAUGAGCAGCAUUUUGCACACUUUUUGGCAAUUUUCAGUUCCAUUCAAUUUUAGAACUGUAAACAGAAGACUUCUAAGGCAGAUUCUCCUCUACAUCAUGUUUGGAUCUCAAUCCCCGUAUAUAUUCUAUUUAGUUUGUACUUGGUAUCAAGAUCUGAUAGUGCAAUACUCGACUAACCGUCCAGGGCCUUUUUUUCAAUGAUUUCAUGCAUAAUCUUGACUCACAAAAUCAAAAAUUGCAAAACAUCUUUUUUUAUUGGAAAAAAUUAAAGAAAUUCAUAAUGCAUCAGAAAUAAUUACCAUGAAAAUUUUAAUUUUUUUUAAAUCGCAACUUUAAAAGGUCAAAACUUGGCAGGUUGCUGUAUGAGCUGUUGAAAGUUUUCAUAAAGUUGAAAUGGGCAUAUUCAAUUAUGUAUCCUUUCCAGGUGUUUCGGAAGGCUUAAUAAAUUUAAAAUGUCGCAAUCCUUUAAUGAAACGUCAGUCAUAGUGGAAUCUCAUUGCAGCUGCUCAAAUUUCCGUGGCACAUUGUUUAUUGUAACAGGUGUGUUGACUUUGGUAUUAACAUUGUAAGUGCAUUCAUUUAACUUUUUGGUUUACGAAUACUAGAUUUGAUUCUGUUAACAUGUAUCAGCUGAAUGUUUGAUAUGACAUGGAUACAAAGUUACCAAUUCAUCGUUUUGAUGCAGAUUUAAAGAAUCUUCGAGAGUUAGUUCCGUGAAAAUGUCAGUCUAACCUGUAGUGUGUGUGAUGAUAAUGCUCUGGUUUCUCUCAUUUUCAGUUUUAUAUUUAGUUUGAGUCAUCUACCAUAUCUAUUCUAUAUCUAUAUUGCAUCUAUCCGAGAUGAGAAGUUUCUUUAAAAGUAUGUAGAUUGUCUUCUAAGUAUGUGCUUAUCAUGAUUAUUUUCACCUGUUUAGAUCUCCAAAUCUGAAAAAGAGGUCAUAAAUAGGGUGAAGCCUAAAAGAGACGAAUUAGUCUCUCCUUGACCCCUCCCCUCUCAAAAGACAAAAAAACAGAAUGCUGUAGCAACUCUUCUUCAUCAGCAGAAGUCAUUCAGAAGUUGUCACUUGCAUCACCAAGUCAUCAUGUAAGCAUAUCUGGUGCUGUAUGAUUGUUAGCAUCAUUGUAUUUGGAUACAAAUGUGAAUUGUUAUGAUGAUGAAAUAUACUAGAUAUUGUCUCUUUCA